AUGUCGUGGUCCGGCGUGGCGUCCGGCUCCUGGAGGAACAGCAGCGUGGAGCCGCCGCUCUCCGAGCAGGGCGAGACCAUCAUCGGCGUCUACCUGCUGGUCCUGGGCUGGCUCUCGUGGUUCGGGAACAGCAUCGUGCUCUUCGUCCUCUAUAAGCAGAGAGCGUCUCUGCAGCCGAGCGACUUCCUGACCUUCAGCCUCGCCGUCUCCGACGCCUCCGUCUCCGUGUUCGGAUACUCGCGCGGCGUCGUCCAGAUCUUCAACGUCUUCAAGGACAACGGCUACCUGGUGUCCUCCGUCUGGACCUGCCAGGUGGACGGUUUCUUCACGCUGGUCUUUGGUCUCAGCAGCAUCAACACGCUGACAGUCAUCAGCAUCACCCGCUACAUCAAGGGCUGUCACCCAAACAGAGCUCACCUGAUCACCAACGCCAGCGUGUCCGUCUGCCUGCUGCUCAUCUGGCUCGGGGCGGCGUUCUGGUCCGGGGCGCCGCUGCUGGGCUGGGGCGGCUACGUGGAUCGCGGAUAUGGAACCUGCGAGAUCGACUGGGCCAAAGCCAACUACUCCACCGUCUACAAGUCCUACAUCAUCUCCAUCCUGGUCUGCUGCUUCCUGGUCCCCGUGCUCAUCAUGCUCUUCUGCUACGUCUCCAUCAUCAACACGGUGAAGAGAGGCAACGCCCUGGCCUCCGAGGGCGACCUGACCGACCGCCAGAGGAAGAUCGAGAGAGACGUCACCAUUGUGUCCAUAGUGAUCUGCACCGCCUUCAUCCUGGCCUGGUCGCCGUACGCCGUGGUGUCCAUGUGGUCCGCCUGGGGUUUCCACGUGCCCAGCCUCACCAGCAUCUUCACCCGCCUCUUCGCCAAGUCCGCCAGCUUCUACAACCCGCUCAUCUACUUCGGCCUGAGCUCCAAGUUCCGUAAGGACGUGGCGAUCCUGCUGCCCUGCACCCGCGAGGCCAAGGACACCGUCAAGCUCAAACGCUUCAAGCCCAAAGCCGACGGCCACGUCUGCGGCCGGCCCAGGGCUUCUCCCGUCAAGAAGCGCCUGCCGGACCCCAACCCGUACCCGAACCCGUACCCGGACCCGGCCCCGGCCCCAGGCCUGGUCCCGGGCCUGGACUCCGGCGUGGGCAGCCCUCGCUGCACGCCGCCGCCCGCCAACAGGGAAGUCUUCUACAUCGAAAUGCCCACAGGGCCCGAGUCCGAGUGCGACAGACUCUGAACACCUGAGGACAAACUUCAUCAGUUUAUCAUCAAAAUGAAAGGAACGUUAUGACCUGCUCACCUGUACACCUGCUCACCUGUUCACCUGUUCACCUGUUCAACUGUUCACAUGUUCAUCUGCUCACCUGUUCUGCUGUAAAGGUGUUAUCAAAGGAAACCAGCUGCGAACAAGCAGGGACCAAUCAGUUAUUAGUCCUGGCAGAUUAUUGGGAUAAAUAUAUGUGUGUGUGUGUGUGUGUGUGUGUGUGUGUGUGUGUGUGUGUUAAUUUAAUUUAAUCUUCAUUAAAUUAAAUAAUACUUUUGUCAGGGCAAUUUGUCUUUCUCAUAAAUUACCAUAAGUUUUCCUCGAAAAUCUCGUUUCAAAUUCCCUUCCCUAUUUUCCAGAGCACGGGGACUCCUUCUCUUUCUCCUUCUUCUCCUUCUUCUUCUUCUUCUUCUUCUUCUUCUUCUUCUUCUGUUUAUUUAAAUUUAUCUAUUUGUUCAUUUGUGUCUUCUGUGUCUGAUGAUUUGUUUCUGUAGUUUGUGUUUCGUCUGAAUCGGUUUCCUCUUCCUGCUGCACCUUUUGCUUUGUGUUCAGUUUGAUCCUAAUAAAGUUGGACUGGGCGUCCC